GUUCUCAUCACUACCACCCUUUCGUUGGCCUCAGCUACCCUCCUGGAGGUGUUCUACAGGUGAAAACCCCAGCAUCCUGGCAGGAUUUAAGUUUACCUGAAAAUGGAAGAAUUUUUAUUGGAGUACAACUACACUGACGAGUUUAGUCAUUACAGCACUGAUCUGUCCCUUAUUCCAUUAGAUUCUGCCCCAUGUCACCCAGAAUCCCUUGAAAUCAACAGUUAUGUUCUAGUCAUAAUCUAUGCCCUGGUGUCCCUGCUGAGCCUGCUGGGAAACUCUCUGGUGAUGCUGGUCGUCUUGUAUACCAGGAGAACCUGCUCUGUCACUGAUGUCUAUCUGCUGAACCUGGCCAUAGCUGACCUGCUCUUUGCCCUGACCUUGCCCUUCUGGGCAGCCUCCAAGAUGAACGGCUGGACUUUUGGCACACCCAUGUGCAAGAUGGUCUCAUUCCUGAAAGAAGUCAACUUCUAUAGCAGUAUCCUGCUGCUGGCCUGCAUCAGCAUGGACCGCUACCUGGCCAUUGUCCACGCCACACGCACUCUGAUCCAGAAGCGGUAUUUGGUCAAGUUUGUGUGCUUAAAUGUGUGGGGAGUAUCUCUGAUUCUGUCCCUCCCCAUGUUACUUUUCCGUACCACUGUCUACCCAUCUGACUUCAGCCCAGUUUGCUAUGAAGACCUUGGGCACAAUACAAACACAGGACGUAUGGUGCUGCGGAUCCUGUCCCAGAUCUUCGGCUUCAUCCUGCCACUGCUGGUCAUGCUGUUGUGCUAUGGCUUCACACUGCGCACACUGUUUAAGGCCCAAAUGGGACAGAAGCACCGGGCCAUGAAGGUCAUCUUUGCUGUUGUGCUUGUCUUCCUACUCUGCUGGCUGCCGUACAACCUGGUUCUGCUCGCGGACACUCUCAUGAGGAACCAUUGGAUCGAGGAGACCUGUGAGCGCCGCAAUGACAUUGACCGGGCCCUGGAGGCCACUGAGAUCCUGGGCUUCCUCCACAGCUGCCUCAACCCCCUCAUCUAUGCCUUCAUUGGGCAAAAGUUUCGCUAUGGACUCCUCAAGAUCAUGGCCACUUACGGCCUGGUCAGCAAGGAGUUCUUGCCCAAGGAGGCCCGGCCUUCCUUUGUUGGCUCUUCUUCUGGAAACACUUCUACCACCCUCUGAGAUGGUUUGCCCAAGCUGUAGCCCCUCAGAUUUCCUCCUUUCCUUCAGCCUCCUAUUUCAAGCCUCAUGUCCGCUGGCUCUUCAUGGUAUCCGUGGCGAUGCAGCCCCUCCAUUGUGGUUACAGGAAAAAGCGAGGCCUCAUCCUCACCAGGCCCACUGCAUGGCACUCUAGCCCUUUCCAUGAUCACCAUGCUAACUGGUAGAGUUGGCCCAUCCUACUACUGGGCCCAAAGCAGUCUGUUUUCUAAGACAUGCAAAUCAAAACCACAAUGAGAUGUCAUUUCAUACCCACCAGGGGAAGCUAUUAUUAGAAAGAAGAAAAAUAAAGAGAAAAUAGCAAGGAGGUAGAGAAACUGGAACUCUUGCAUAUUGCUGGUGGAAGUAGAAGAUGGCACAGGCACCAUGGGAAACAACAAGGCAGUUUUCCUUAAAACAUUAAUCACAGGGGGCCGGGAUUCAGCUCAGUGGCACCGUGCCUGCCCCACAAGUGCAAGUUCUUGAGUUCGAUCCCUCGUACCAAAAAAAAAAACAUUAAACAGAAUGACCACAUGAUGCUGCAAUUCCACUUCUAGGCAUGUACCCAAAAGAACUGAAAGUGAGGACUUGGACAAAUAUCCUUAUACCACAGCAUUAUUUGCAACAAUAAGGGCAGAAACAACCUGAAAGUUCAUUGAUAAAUGAAUGGAUAAAUGAAAUGUGAUGUAUACCUAUGAUGGAAUAUUAUUUGGUCAUAAAAAAAGAAAGGACUGAUGCAUGUUACAGCCUGGAUGAAUCUUGAAAACAUUUUUCUAAGUGAAAUAAACAGGCUACAAAAGGACAAAUACUAUAUGAUUCCACUUACACAAAGUACCUAGAGUAGUUGAAUUCCAAGACCAAAAAGAGAAUAAUGGUUACCAGAUGGUGAGGGAAUGAAAAGUUACUGUUUAAUGUGUGCAGAAUUUCAAUUUGGGGUGAGGAAAAUGUUCUGAAGAUAGACAGUGUGGUAGUUGUAUAAUAAUAUGAAAGCACUGGAUGGCCCUAAACUGUACACUUAAAAUGGUUAAAAAAGAGGCUGGAAAUAUAGCUCAGUGGUAGAGCUGCUGCCUAGCCUUUGUAAGGUCCUGGAUUAUCCCCAGAACCUCAAAAAAAAGUAAAUGUUUACAUAUACUUAACAUCAAUUAAAAGAAACAGAGCCCGGGGGCCGGGGAUUUAGCUCAAUGGUUCUGCGCCCUGCCUCAAAAGCGCAAGGUCCCGAGUUCGAUCCCCAGUACCAAAAAAACCCACAAAAAAAAACCAGAGCCCAAAAAGGCACUUUAACCACCUACCUACAAUUUCUUGUAAAACAAUAUCAUUAAACGUUUUUUUGUAUAAACCAAUUUUAGUUGGGUAUUUAUUUCAUUACUUUCACCAAAAACAAAUUGCUACUUAAAGGUAAACUAGGGUGAGCAGAGGUCCUAAAGUGAGGAUCUUUCAAGAAAUAAGUCCCUUGCUAGGUCCCGGGUCCAUAGAGAGAAGGUUGGGAUGAAGAUGGAGAUCCUCCUUUCCAUUCCUCAUGCUGCCCACCUCCAGCCCCCACUGCUGAGCGUGGAUGUGGGGACAAUGUGUUGGGGCCCUGUGGUGCUCCUCAGAUCUGGGGUAUACUAGUAGUCCGGAGCAUCCCGGAUGGGUUUAGAAGAGGCACAAGGUCAGGAAGGUCACCAAUCAGUCCGAUUGGGUACCCAGAGGGCAGGGAGCUCUCCUGGCCUCAACAAGCAGCUCCCACUUCUCUCCUUUCCAGCACACAUCUACCCUUCUUUCAGGGUGUGACAAGAGAGUAGAGUGCAGAACAGGGAAAUGAUAUGCAAUCUGUUACCCGAAACAAGAGAUUUGAAUCAUUCCUUCAACACGUAUUGAGGGCCUCCUGUCCCAGCAGGCUGGGAUAUAGCAGCACUCAAAACAGACAGAGCCCUGCCCUGGUCGAACUCGUACUCACUCACAGGGCUGGGGGAGGGGGAGUCUUUGCUAAGGGAGUAGGAAAGCAAGAGGAACUAAACACCUCCAGUUACCAAAUCGCCCCAAUCUCAGCAUUAAGCAGGAGCCAGUGCGGAGCCAAGGAGAAACCCUGCCCCUGCUUGAGGGUAUUUAACUUCCACUUGCAACUGAGAAAAAUGCUUUUCCCACUGUGUUCAGCAAGCAGGAUUAAGCCAGCACUAACUAGCCCUUGUUCCAAGCUCAUUCUCCACCAGGGACUGCACUAAGUUCAGGAGCAAGCUUGACUCAGCUGCUCCUCUGGUACAGCAGGGAGAAAGUGCAGAAGGAUGAGUAUUUACCGAACAUUGGAGAAUCCAGAAGGACCAGUGGUGUUCUGGCUGGGUGAAGCAACCGGCUGGAUGGCUACCUGGGUGACUCUCGAGGGAGGAGGCCAAAUUGGCCUUGCUCCUGUUCCGAGACUCUGCUGUUUGCUCCUCUAACAAGGCCUGGGGGACACUGUGAGACCAAAGCGACUCCAUUUUGCUAAAAUCCACCAUUCCCCUAGCCUCUCAAAUUAAUG